GAGGAUAUAAAGGGGCCCACGGCUGCGCUUCGCCCAGCAGGUGUGGCAUUUUUUUUUCUCGCUGUGCAGCCAACUUCUCUCCAACCUUCAUCCCGUCACCAAGGGGGAAUCAUGGCGAAGGAGUCUAACGCAGGCGGCAUUCAGUGGCUGGUGAUCAUCGGCAACGUGAUUAUUUUGCUGUGUGGCAUCACGCUGACCGCCGUGACCAUCUGGGUGGUGACCGAUGGCUAUAAGGUGUACCCCAUCCUCGGCAUGGCGCACAACGACGACGUCUUCGCCGGCGCGUGGAUCGCCAUCUUCACGGGCAUGGCGUUCUUCCUGCUGGGCUUCGUGGGGAUCAUCGCCGCGCUGCGCAUGGCACGGAAGCUCCUGCUUGGGUACAUCGUGUGCAUGCUCGUGGUCUUCGCGUUCGAGUCGGCGUCCUGCAUUACCUCGUUCACGCAACGAGACUACCUGGUGGGCGACCCAAACUUCCUGCUGAAGCAAAUGCUGACGGAGUAUCCGAGCGACACCUACCCAGCCUACACGGAAACGUGGAACAUGUUCAUGCGAGAGCAAAAGUGUUGCGGCUCCAACGGUCCCACGGACUGGCUCACGUACACCUCCAAGUUUUCCGAAGCUCACAACAACGACGACGUCAACUUCCCGUGGCCCAUGCACUGCUGCGUGCUGAGCAAGGACGGUCCGCCGCUGAACAUCACCUACUGCCGCCUCGGCAUGGACGGAUACGUGAACACCGCGGGCUGCUUCGAUUACUUCAGCGCGGCCGUGAAUCGCUACACGUGGGGCGUCGCCUGGUUCGGAUUCGCCAUCCUCUGCUUCACGUUCUUCGUUCUCGCUGGAGCCAUGUACCUGUACACGGUCGCAUAAAGGACACCAGCUCAACCGCCACGGAGGGAACCUCCUGCACCACCGGCUCAACAACCCUCUUGCAACCGACAGCCUUCCCACGUGCCUGGCACACUCAUCGUGACCUGACCCACUCGCCCAACCCACUCACCCGAGCCACUCACCCUGACCCACCCUGUGGAUAUCGCAGUAAUUAGUUUUGAAAGCACCGUCUUUCCAGAUCGUGUCUGUUGGUUGUGCGUCUCCGCUGUUGUUUUAAUGGCGAGCGGCAUAACAUCCACCUGGUGAACGUGCAACGUUGGGCCAACGUUCCAUGUUUACUGGGCGGUGGUAUGGUGAGAACACUUGUACUGAUACGUCGGCGGCGUUUUUAAUAAAGGAUAUGUACAGCUACGGGAGGUAGUGUUUUUGCGGUUGUGCCGUUAUAGCUCUCCGAUGCGUUUUUUAGGUUGUUCGACACGAUGUCCGACAAUUCGGUCCCAUGAAGAAGCUCCGAGCACGUGGGCUCGAAACGUCGGACACCGUGCCCAAUGAUGCACGGCGCGACCUGAGGACGCAUCGGAGAGCUCUUUGUAUGUCCAGCUGUUUGAGCCCGUUCCCAUAACGUACCCAACACAUCGCAUUAUAACCCCCACAUAGGCACGGUCGCCUUUUGUAUACUCAUUACAACUAUUCGUCACACCAAAUUAUUUUAUUUAACUCCAAUUUAUGGGAGCUUCGUCAUCCAGAAUCUAAAGUUUCCACGAGUCGCAAUCGGCUUCAGUAGGCGCAAGAAACCCAUCAAGAGAGGGCGAGGACUGGCGGGGUGAGGAAGCGGUUUUUCAUGCAGCUGAAUUUCCAAUUCCUUCCAUCGACCGGCACUCCGAUGAUGUCGCUGCACUGCGAAGCGCUGCAGUUGUUGCCGAUGUGUUGUAGCCCAUCGUGUGAUGGCACGCCAUCCGAAUGUCAAUUCGCAAGCCACUCGCAAAGGAUGUAAAACACCUUUGUAACGGUCGCGUUAUGGACAUCGGUUUGCAAGAAACGUGUGCCCAGUUAUCACUGUCGGAGCUCGGGGGAGGUGGCGGUGUGGGUCUCUAGCCAGCAACGGUUCCAACCACAUGCCAACGUCGGCGCGCGUGACCGUCGACUGUUUUUGUUUGUUCUUGUGUCCACCGCAGCUCGUUUACAUCGUGCCAAAGAACGGUCGUCUGCAGUUUUUCGUUUUCGCGAUCAUCGAGAAGAAGACCACCGAACCUCGUGGGGGUGUAGGGGGUGGGGCUGGGUCUGGGUCUGCCUUGUUUUUAAACCCAAUGAUUAUUUUUUUUGAGGGAUUAAGUGAUUGACUCCGAUUUUGCCAUCGUGAAACCGUGCCGCCCAAAUCAGAGCACAGCGGCGCCGCAGCUCCCGUUAUGUCUCUCUCUCUCUGUCUCUCUCUCUGUGUCUCUCUCUGUCUCUUGCGUGUACAUACCUCCUCGACGUGGACGCGACCCAGCGUUCAGACGGACGGCUGUUACCUUGUCGCUAUACGUGCUCCGCGUGUGCCCGGAGCCACGGAUGUCUGACCUGACGUGUCUUUUUUUUUUUAAAGCUUCAUUAAAGAGAGGGGGAGAUUAAAAAUAAAUAAGUAUAACCCGUAAAAACAAAGUUUUUCACUCUAAAUCCUUUAUAUGUGUGGCGGCUAGAGUCCUCUCGUCCUCUGGAUUGAGAUGGCUGCCACCUAUGGGUCACAUGAUUGUCUGCAGUAUUAAACAAUUGGUAAUUAAAUAUUUAAUUUGUUUUCCCUAAACAGUGUAAAAUUUUUGAAAAAAAAUUUCACGAACAUUAAUUGUCUCGCACAACGAGUCUGUGUGCAAAAUGUCAGCUCAAUUGGAUCACGGGAAGUGGGAUUACAAAACGACCGAAAGGUUUGCACGGUCGUAAGCAAGCAAGCACGCAAGUGAACUUAAUAUCAAGGAUUUAAAAAAGGCUUCGAAGUCUCCUUUCGCGAUCGCCGCCCGCAGCGCCCUGGCGAUUUGGCGUCCGCUGCGCUGAGAAACGCCGGAACCGUUUGUGGCGCUCGCAAUGUUUUGGUGCCACCUGAAAGUCUAUUUUGUUUUGGUCCUUUCCGCUCUCGAAGCUUCAGAGUCUUGCGUGCGUGGGGGUUGACGAUCCAGAUCAUGCGGCGCUGCGGCGAGACACGAGCCAGUUCGGGUUCUUUGGGUGGCGUUAUUUUUUUUGUUCUUCUUGAAGUGGUUUGCAACCGCAAUUACACCGUGUUUUGUGUAACGUAUAUUAUAUGGUGAUGAUAUUUGUAGAGUAGUCCCUUUUUUCUUGUCUGUGUGUAAUCUUCAUACCUACAAUUUAGUCCAACAAAGUAAGUACCGUUGUAAUCGUAAAAUAUUCAGGUAAAUCGAAGUAGACUGAUUUAUGAUUUGGGGGGGUGUCGGAGGCGUAAUAAUGACAUUGCGGAUAAAUUCGGUUGUGUUUUCACCUCUUGGCGUUGUGGUGCGUGUUUUGUCGUCCGGCGAGAUGAAAAAUAUUUUAAACUUGACCGAAACAAACCAUGGGGGCGAAUCCGUCCACGCGAAUCGGUCCACGCAGCGUCAAUCGAACUGGGAAAAUUGGACUGGUGCAGGUUGAGUGGUCGGUCACAGUUCGUCUCCCAGAGCUGAAGGCCCUGCCAGCAUCGUGGUUGUCGCGAAGUCUCCGAAGGCGGCUGAUUGCCCGGUGCAGCGUGUUGGGCCCCACGGUGUGUUGGCCCAUUGGGUCAACCGUCCCAACCAACGUUGGCAAAGUUGAACUGGGUGGGUGGGUGGCCUCAUCGCCUUCGACACCUUCCCUGAAACUGGCAGGGGGAGUCGUGAAGGUCGUCGUGCAUCUCGACACCUCUCGUGCACAUUUGUCAGUCCGGGAUUAUUUUGGGUCGUUUUUUUUAACAGUCGUGCGAUUUCUAUAUUUGUAAGCAUUAUGUACACUGAUUAUAAUAAUACGUAUAUAUAUAUAUCUCAAUAAAUGUUCUGUAUUUUGAA